GUGAAUCUCUACAAUUCUCUCGAUCAGGAAAAAGGAUCGCAGUUGAUCAUGAUGUCCUACUGGAUUCUGGCCUUGGCGCUCCCCUUGCUGCUCCAGGCGGCGCCCUCCUAUGUGCGCCUGCUGCCUCAGGACUGUCACGAGAUCUACAGGAGCGGCGAGAACCGCAGCGGGGUCUACACCAUCUACCCCGAGGAGGAGGCUCCCGUCCAGGUCUACUGCGACAUGGGCUGCAAAGAGGAUUCCUUCCGCGGAUGGACGGUGUUCCAGAGGAGGAUGGACGGCAGCGUGAACUUCUACAGACCCUGGGAGCAGUACAAGAACGGAUUCGGGAACAAGAGUGGCGAAUACUGGAUGGGUCUGGACAGCCUCUACUCAAUGACCAAGAACAAGCGCUACGAGCUGAGAGUGGACCUGGAGGGUUUCGAUGGGGCCAAGGUCUACGCCGAGUACACCUAUUUCUCUAUCGGUGAUGAAGACACUAGCUACACUCUCCAGGUCGGCGGCUUCAUGGACGGAGGAGCGGGCGAUUCUCUGUACUACCACAACGGAGCGAGGUUCUCCACCUUCGACCGCGAAAACAGCUACUACCACUACUACUACGAUUACUACUACUACUACUACAACUACUACUACUCCUGCGCCCGCGAGUCGCUGGGGGCCUUCUGGUACUUCGGCUGCCACCUCACCAACCCCAACGGCAUCUACAUGUGGACAGUCGACUGGAACAACUACGGAAAGGCCGUCUCCUGGUACUCCUGGAGGGGCUUGGAGUACAACCUCAAGUCCAUCACCAUGAAGAUCAGACCCGCGCCUUGAGCGAAAGAGGGGUUUGAAGCAGAAUAAAGUUGCUCUCUUAUUAUGCAUUAAUCUCAUAAUCUACUUCGCAGUUUGCUUUUCUUCGUUAAGCUUUAAGUUAGUUUAAGAGUUAGUUAGUUUAAGUAAAGGAUAUCUGUGAAUCUGUAGUCUCAGAUAUAUAUAAACUCAAUAAAAUUAUGCAAUAAUUAAA